AUGACCGGCGCGCGCUUCCUCGCCGAGACCCUGCGCGAGUACGGCGUAACCCACGUUUUUUUCGUUCCGGCCAUCAUCCGCCGCGCCCUCGUGGAAAUGGAGGACGUUGGAAUCCAGCGGAUCAUCAGCCACGGUGAAAAAUCGGCGGCGUACAUGGCGGACGCCUACGCCCGGGUAACCGGCAAGCCGGGCUUUUGUUUUGCCCAGUCGGUGGGUGCGGCCAACCUGGCGGCCGGACUCCAGGAUCCCUACCUGGGAGUGUCGCCUGUCAUCGCGAUCACGGGCCAUCGCCCGCCGAUGCACCGGCACCGGAACUCGUACCAGGAAAUCGAGCACUCGCGACCCUUCGCGUCCGUCACCAAGUACAGCGCGGAAGUGGAAACGGUGGAACAGCUGCCGCACCUGCUGCGCCAGGCGUUCCGCGAGGUGACCACCGGGCAGACGCUGCCGGCGCACCUGGAUUUCUCCGGUAUCUCCGGCGAUGUGAUCACCGACGGCAUCCUCGACACGGACGUGAUCGUGGAGGAACCCUUCACCCAGCGGCCGGCGUUCCGGCCGGGUCCGGAACCGGAGCGCGUGCGCGAGGCCGCGCGCCUACUGUCGCAGGCCGAGCGGCCGGUGAUCGUGGCCGGCGGCGGCGUCACCGCCUCGGGCGCGGAGGCCGAGGUCGUGCGGUUGGCGGAGAUGUUGAACAUCCCGGUGGCCACCGCCCUCAACGCCAAAGGCUGCAUACCCGAGAACCACCCGCUGUCCGUGGGCGUGGUUGGCAGCUACUCGCGUUGGUCCGCGAACCGCGUGGUGUCCGAGGCGGAUUUGGUGCUGUUCAUCGGCAGCCACACCGGUAGCCAGGUGACGCUGGACUGGCGCAUCCCUGCGGAGGGAACGCCCGUGAUCCAGAUCGACAUCGACGCCAGCGAACUGGGCCGGUCGUAUCCCGCCGCAUACGGGUUGCAGGGCGACGCCAGGCGAACGCUGGAAGCCAUGCUUGACGUGCUGGAACCCACGGGCGGCAACGCGAGCUGGGUGUCCCGGGCGCAGGAGCACGUGCAGAACUGGCGGGAUGAGCACGAGCCGGUGCUUACGUCCAACGCGGUGCCCAUUCGGCCCGAGCGGUUGUGCCAGGAGCUGACGGACUUUUUGCCCUCGGACGCCGUGCUGGUGGCAGACACCGGACACGCGGGCAUCUGGACCGGCAGCAUGGUUGACCUGACGCACGAGGGCCAAUCCUACCUGCGAGCGGCCGGUUCGCUGGGAUGGGGACUGCCGGCGGCGCUGGGCGCCAAGUGCGGCGCGCCCGACCGGCCGGUGGUCUGCUGGACCGGCGACGGCGGCAUGUGGUACCACAUCGGCGAGCUGGAAACCGCCGUGCGCUACGGCAUCAACGCCGUUACCGUGGUGCACAACAACGGCGGGCUGAACCAGGACCGCCGGGGAGACGAGGCAGCCUACGAAGGGCGCGAGGGCGGCAAUCCCGGGGAGCUCUGGCGGUUCACCGAUACCAACUUCGCCCAGAUCGCCGAGUCCAUGGGCGCCCUGGGCAUCCGCGUGACCGAUCCCAACCAGAUCAACUCCGCGCUGGACCAAGCCGUGAGCGCGAACCGUCCGGCGGUGGUGGACAUCGUCAGCGACGGAGACGUGGCGGCGGCGGCGCCAUGGGGGCCGUAG